UUUUAUAAUAUUUAUGAAUAUACAUUUGCAAUUUGCAUAUUAUACGUGUUAAAUUAUAUUAUUAAACUACUUUUUUAAUCUAAAUAUUAGGUCCUCCCCUCAAAAAAAAAAUAAUAAUAAUAAUAAAAAUAAAUAUCGAUUAUCAUGUCAUCAUAUUAUCAUAUCGUAGAUAUAACUUAAAGAUUUAUAAUAAUAAAAAUACAAUUUUUUGUGUUUUAAUGUUUUAAUUUUGAUUGGAAAUUACGUAAAAAAAUGUAAUUGAUUUUUAAGUAAUAAGUGUUGCUUAAAGGUCCGCUCAAACUGAAGCGGUAGCGGUGGCGGUAGCGGUGGCGGUAACUUCAGCGGUAUUUAUCGCUUUUUAAAUACCGCUGAUCUAACCAAACCGGAGAGCGAAAUAUUUCGCCGAAAGUUACUAGUCGACAUUGUGACACCCAUGCGCGUACAUGUAUUUUAGUAAUUAUUAUAUUUUUAUUUAUUAAUAUUAAUAUUUUAAAGUACAAAACAACAAAUUGCUAUAUUUUUUUUUUAAUUUUUACUAUACCAUGGAUAUAUAUUAUGAAAACUCAAGUUCAGAUGAAGAAGAUUUAUUACUGUUAGCAGCUGUAAUGGAUGACGAAGAACAAAAAAGACGUAAAAGACGAAAAUGGGUUCAUGAAAUUAAUAACCAAAGAGAAAGUUUAGGUGAAUUUAAUCAUUUAAUGCCUCAAUUACGAAAUGAUGCAAAACGUUUUUUUAUUUAUUUUCGAAUGACAUCAAAUUGUUUUGAUGAAAUUUUAAAUUUUAUUAAUGAAGAUAUACGUAAAGAAACAACUCAUUUUCGUGUGCCAAUACCUCCACCAGAACGUCUCGCUAUUGCUUUAAGGUAGGUAAUAAUAUAUAAAUGAUAAAUACUACAAUAAUAUUAUAUUAUAAUAUAUAAAAUGUUUAGUGUGUAUAUCUAAUUAUUAGAAAAUAUAGUCAUACUAUUUAAAACAAAAAAAAAUAUUAAAUUUUAUAUAGAUACAUGUUCCUUUUUUACACUCGUCGAUUUGAAUAAAUAAAAAUAAAAUUGACUAUAACUGAUAGUACAUUGCAUCCAAAUUGUCAGCACUAUCAUAAUUUCUGAUAAUCGACGACGUCGGACUAGUUGGAGUCACUGAUGGCAUGCUAUAGUGAGACGACUGAGACGAAGAUGAUGUUGUUGUGUCUUCAUCGAUUUGUUCCAACUCUAAUUCCCCGAUCAAUUUAGCUAUUUUGUUUUUAGCUAUUGCUUGCCGUCUAGCUGAAAAAGUUUUUAUAGUUUUUGCGUGGCCCAUCAUUAAUAGUUCAAUACCAUCCAUAGCAUUAUGCGAGGUUUUGCUUUUGUUUUGAAAGUGCUCUAAUACUUUGUCAAUAUUGGAACAUUGCGAAUCAUUUCCAAUAUUUUUUUGACUUAGAUCUCUGAACUUUUUACGAGGAUUUUUAGGAGACCCAGAAAGUACAACUUCGUUUUGUUCAAAAGUAGAUGCGGUGCAAUUUAACAAAUCGUUAGUAUCAUUAUCUUGGUCUUGAGCAGGUUCGUGGACGUUGGAU